CAAGAUACGUCAUACUCACAGCGCCAACAAAGAUUAGCCCUAUUUAUUUUUCUCCUUUUUUUUAUUAUUAUUCAUUCUAUUUUAUUACUUAUUCAUACAAAUACACUAUGCCUAUUGUGCAGUGGCAGAGAGCUGUCUUGCUUAUGUAGGAAUAUGCUCGCGUUCGGGAUGAAGUGCUGUUGAGGAUUCUGCCGGCAGGCUAUGUUGCCCAGCAUAAGCAAUUAUGUAUGGGAUUUUACAUUGGGCCUGUUCUCAAUGGUAGCCCUUCUUGAUUUCUUUGGCUGUUCUCAUUUCUUAGUCGCGUCGCCGGUAAUCGACCUUCUUUGUUUGAGCGUGGUCAGAGCAUGCCAUAUGCGUACAGGUGGCUCUUUUUAAGUUGGUCUUCUGCUUGCCUCCAAGAUGUCUUGUUCUGUUUGAGGUGCCAAAUGCGUCGGUUUAUCAAGUUGCUCUUUAUGCUGUUCAUUCACUCUAAGGUCCUAAUAAUAAGAAAAUGUUAUGCCUGCCUGCUAUACAAAAUGCAUUUGAAUAUGGUAUCAUUAUUGCCUUCUGGUUAUCGCUAUUUUUCUUACAAUAAACUGUUGAUAUCUUCUUUAUACUCUUAUUCAUGCUUUUAUUCAUGCUCUUCCUCUUUCUUUUCAGCCUUGUAAGUCAGGCCAUAUAGUAUUUAUGUGAUGUUUGAUGUUUGUACUAGACACGCAGUUAUGAACUUGUCUUGAAAAAAAAAAAAAAGAAACAUUGAAUAAUAGGAGUUCAGAAGCCAUGCGCCAAGUGGCAAAGACAAAGUGAGAAAUAUUAAGUAAAAAAGAUAGGCAUUAUACCUUCAAGUACAGAGAAUGCAAAGAGACAUUUAUUAACUUCAUUCUACAAUGAGUUAUUCGAUAACCGCACAACUCUUUCAUUUUUUUUUUUUUUUUUUUUUUUU